AUGGCUAGCUUUUGGUCUCAAACUCGUAAAAACCCAACAACUAAAAAAAAUAAGCCUACAUCUCAAAGCAGUGGCAAGUUAAGUCAAGCUUCAGCGGCACCAUCUGCAGCCACAAAGACACAAGAUGAAUCUACUCGAGACCUCAUUAACGACGCAAGAAAAGACAAACUUCUCAAAUCUCUGUGGAAGAGCUGGCUAUUUAUGUUUCGUAAUGUAGGAAUUAGUAUUCCUCCAUGGUUUCGUACACGUUAUUUCAAGUUGACGAUAGGCCUAGUUAUCACACUUUUGGCAAUUAUGUAUGUGAUGAAACCGAAUUUGAGCGACAUCGGAUAUCCAAGGUCUUUACUCGUACUGAAGCCUGAAUUGUCACACGAAUCAUAUGAGCGAACAUUGGAUGUGAAGCAUAUUAAAGAGAAGUUCGAUCAUUUGUCAGCAAGGUAUAGGCACACAGAAGUCCAUGUGGUAAUUAGUGGGGGGCCUGGGUCUGGGAAAUCUGAACUUGCCAGACAGUUUGGACAGCAUGUAUACACUAACAAUAACGGGGCAUGGCCAUAUUGCUUUAACACUUAUUUCAGAAAACUUUUUAAUAUUUCCGUUCUCCCUCCAGUUGAUGUAAUCAGGUUAAAUGCGGAAUCUAUGACUGAUUUUCAGCAUUCAAUAGAAUACAUCAUUGGCACAUUUGAAGGAAAGCAUGCUAGUGAAAUAGCUUAUAGUAAAGACAUUGGAGAAAAAGAAGUAGUGGCGACUUUUCUUCAGCUUAAACAGGCUUUAAAAAAACGAUCGCGUAGACCAGUAUUAAUAAUUGACAAUGUCAAAAGAGCAAUGUACAGAUUUCUUUAUAAAAAUCGAAGCUACGGAAAGUGUCUACUACAUCCUGGUAAUGACGAUUAUGGUGAGAUAAGAGUUGUUGUAACUACUCAACACCGACCCAUCUACGAGUUAUCAAAAACUCACUACAUGAAUUUAUUUGAUGGUAUGCCUCCUAAUGAUUCUGUUAAAUUGUUAAACACUAUCACUAAGAUCCAUAAUGAUGACAAAAACGCAAGUUAUCUAGCAAAAGAAUUGGGUGGCUUGCCUUUUUCAUUAGCAAACGCAGCAAUUUAUAUUAAAACAGAAAGAACUCUCCACGGAAACGAGUCUUAUUUUCAUUACCUGCAAAAAUUUAAACUGGAUUUAGAAGCGUACAGGUCUGAUAUUGAUUUUUUAUGGAAUGAGGCAAAAUAUGAAGGCUUACCUUACAACUUAUCUAUGUUGACAACGUCAAUAAAAACAAUUAACCAGCUAGUUAACAGAAGCAAUAGGGACUUAUACAAAGAUCUCGCUUGCUUCGUGGGGUACUGUGACUCGCAGACGAUAUCCAUGCAACUUUUUUUGCAAUAUACAAGAAUGAACUCAGCCCUUCACGAUUAUACAGAAUACAGCGUUAAGGAGUUAAUUUAUCGAUCAUCAAUUUAUGAACUGCAGACUCGAUCAGGGCAUACGUUCAUUCUUUCGCAUCAAGUCACCAGAGAAGCAUCUCGUAUAGUUUGUACACCGAAAGGGCUUAACGACAACACAACUCAAGGAAAUCGCUUUAUUGAAAAUUCUUUUCAAAGGAUUCUUAAAGUGAUAUCCAAAGUAUUAGAUGACAAGCCAGAGGCUUCGUUAAACCAAAUGACAGAGUAUACAACGCUAAACUUUAAACUUGUGGAUGUUUUAAUGUCUUUGGUGUCGCAUUCUGUCCGGUUAAACCUUGCAUAUUCUCAAAUUAUAACCAAGGAAUUUUGUUGGAAAUUUCUUAACUCCAUGGCAGAACCCUACCUCUAUUGGCCAAAUAAGCAUAAAUCUACAGUCGUUAUGCCAGAAGUCACGUUCUUGGUAAAUAUGACGAAAGAAAGUUUCUCAGAAGGAAAGCCAGAGCUUGGAGCAUUUUUUUCCGUUCUUUAUAUAUAUUACACAGGAAACCAACGGCCUAGAGACCUUGAGAAAAUCGUGGAACUGGUUGAAGAUUUUGCUACGAGUUCUUUCAAGAACGUACAACAAACUUCAGUAGUAAAUACCACUCUUUUACUCAAUAUGAUGGGAACAGUUUACAGAGGUGUUGGCCAGAUAAUGUCGAAAGCUCAAAAAUUACAUGAACUUGCUCUCAAUAUUUCACAGAAGUAUAUCUCUUCACCAAUGAUUGCUGUCUCUUUGCAUUUACUGGGAGUUGUCCACAGAUACAGAAAACAACUUGACAUAGCUCAACAAUACCACGAACAAGCUGUAGAACUUGCAAGACAAAUCUACUCUGACAAACAUCCACGCCUAGGGGCCUUUCUUUUAAACCUUGCACUGGUAUAUAAUAGGCAGGGUGAACUAAAGAAAGCUAAGAUGAUGUAUCAAGAAGCAUUAGAUAUUACUAAAGAAGCGUAUGGUGUUCAUGAUCAAAGAGUUGCACGAGUUUUAAAUACUUUAGCGACAAAUUACUAUUCACUUGGACAGUAUAAUGACAGUAUUCAUGCACUCUUAGAGGCUUUAAGCAUCCACGAAGAAAUCCACGGUGAUAUCCACCCAAAUGUUGGCGAAACAUUAUAUAUCCUAGGUUUUACGUACCGUGCAAAAGGAGAUCUGCAACAAUCCCUGAAAACAUUAGAGCGAUCCCUUAAAAUACGAGAACAAUAUUAUGGGCCAGCACACUAUCAAGUUGGUGAAGUUUUGCACGAUCUGUCCAAUACACAAAGAGAAAUGCAUCAUUUAAAAGACGCAUUAUCGAACGGUGAGAGAUGUCUCGAGAUUUUCCAAAGAUCCCUCGGAGAAAAGAGUUCAGAGGUAGGAAAUACAUUAAAUGGGAUAGGUCUGAUAUACAGUGAGCUUGGAGACCUACAAAUGGCUAAACUUAAACACGAGAAAGCCUUAGAAAUAUUUAAGGAGUUAAGCAAACAGGGAUCUCAAGUUGUAGGUAUCAGUGAAACAUUAAAACAUUUAGGCAAUGUGUUCAGAAAGCUUAAAGAUACAAAAAAAGCACAGGGUUAUAUCAGGCAAGCUUUUUCAGUUCUUCGGACGGUAUAUGAAGAAAAUCACCCACGAAUCAAAGAAUUGAAUAAACUGUUAGAUGCGGCAACGUAGGAUCAAGAAUAUCUUUCUUCUUCUUUCUUCAUUCAAUUUCUCUGCUUUAUAAUACAGAAACUAAAUGAUAUUAAAAUUAAUUGACAUCGCUGGUCUCUAAUUGACCUAAUACUAAGUUAACACAAAGUUACUCACUCAAUAUUUAUGGAAGUGCGGUAUGGGAAGUGAGCUGAAUACUAAUCAUUGCUGUUUGGUUUUGCGGCCUUUCAUGUUGUUGCGAUAAAGAAUGACAUGAAAAAGGAAACUCCUAUAAAUUUCAAUUCAAAACCUAAUUGUAUUGUAUUUAACAAUGUCCGGAGGUAGCCUUGUAAGAAGUUAAGCUGCGUGGUUAAUGAACAGCUAGAUUUUUAAAAACAAUUAGAGAAGAUUUCUUCAUUAUCGCAACACCAUUUCUUUUAUUAGGUCUAAGAUUUUCAUAUUUAUUGGGUAGGAUUAAAGCAUUAAUACGUUUAGCAUCACAAUUUAAGUUACGGUUACAAAAAUCAAGAAUGUUUCUCAUUAUAUAUCUACUAAAGUUGAAGUUCUGUUCUUUUAAAUGUCCAGGUUGUAAUAGUGAUUAUAUUGGUAAGACAGAUAGAUGCUUAAUAACAGAAAUCAGAAAUAAUGUCAGUAGGAAGAAAUACCAUUAACAAAGGAAUAAUCCAUUUCAGAAUAGGGGUUGGCAUAGGCAGGAGCUAUCACAUACCCAGUUAAUCCUACUCAUAUGGUGGUGUUCAUAGUAUAAUUAGCAAAGUAUCAGUUAUUUCUUCAUUGUACACUAGGCUUAAUUAUUUUUAUUAAGUUGUAUAAAUUUAUCUAAAUUUACCAUAGAGCAUCAUCAUUUCUGUUUGCUGUAUUUGUAGGUAUUAUAGUACAUUUACUUAAAUAAAAUCUGGUUAGGUUUUAUGUAUUUAAGUAAAUACAAUCCAAUAAUACCUGUAUUUAUUUAAGUAAAUGUAUUAAGUAAUAUACAGUACAUUAAUA